UGUCUGUGUUUCAUUUUGCCUCCGCGCGCGCGCGCGUGUGCGUGUAUAGUGUGCGUGUGUCACACCCAGAGAGAGAGAGAGAGAGAGAGAGAGAGAGACGCAGAAGGAGAAAUGAUUUAGGUGGGGGAAGGUAGAAGAGACAUCCAUAGCUUGCACAUAGAGUGUCGAGGAGCGGGGCCUUAGUAGCGCCUCCGCCAUUGCCGCCACAGCCGAGGAGCAGACCAUGCUUCGUUGAUAUAUGGGUGGAUAGUCAAUAGCUACUAGAAAAGGCUGGGUUUGCCAGUAGAAGGUAGAGAAGGGUAUCAUCGAGCGUCUUUUUCCGGAAAUUGAUGUCGAUUGAUCGAGCAGUUUUAAGAUUCAAUCUCAAAAAGUGAAAAGGAAGGAGGCGAAUACGUUAAGGCGGGGCUGUCAGAGUGGCGACGGGAGCCGCAGUUGUAGAGGAGGGAGGUGGAGACGAAGGCGGGGCGAGAAGGGAGAAGCAAAGAUCGAAAGGGAGGGACGAAAGGAAAAAAAAGGAUAAUCAGUUUUGGACGCGACACAUGGAAAGGAAUUUGAUGCGAGAGAGAGUAAAAACGUUUCGUGACAAGGGGUCAUGGUUCGCGGAUGCAUCCCGCGACUUAAAGUCGUUCGUGCAAGAACUCUUCGCUUGCAUCUAUUUAUAGGCGUCACACAUAAUUAGACACAUAGCAGUAGAGGUAGUCGGUCGGGUCGUCGAUUACGACGAAGCGUGACGCAAAACCGUUGGAAGGAGCAGAGUUUCCUCCUUCACGCGAGAGCUUGAUUCGUUCCUGAACGUCUGUCGCGCAUUUAAAGCGAUUACAGCGUUCCUACUCUCCAUUUCCCUCUGUUUGGGACGUCUAUUAUUUCCAAUUUUUUUUUUUUUUACGGGAUUGAUUGUAACGUUGUUGUUCCUCUUCUCUUCUUCCUUUAGUUUGUUUCUUUGUUUCUUUCUUUCGCUGUGUGUGUCGCAAAGUGUGUGUUUGUGUGUGUGUGUGCGCGUGUAGGGAGAGUGAGUUGUUUCUCCUGAGACAUCGCUGUGGAGCGAUGAUCAACUUCACCAUCACCGGUUUUUCUUGUUUCUUUUCUUUUGUUUUGUCACUUGAGUCCUGAUUUUUAAAUUUUUUUUUUUUCUUCCGUUUGCGGCUUCGAUCGUCGACAGUGUCGCACGCUGUUUUCUGCUGUGUUUUCGCUCACGAAAUUCCAUUCCCGUCCUACAUCAUAUGUCGUUAAGUUGGAUAGUUCCUGGAAGUAGUAAUUGGAGACUACCUGGUUUGGUUUGAAUCGAGCAAAUCCGUCCGGCUAUUUGUUAAUAAUUUACAUACGUAGCUGCUUAGUAUCGUACUGCCUCUGUUGUAGGAUACGUACGCGACGCACACGAUAUAGUACACGUCACCUGACUCACGUGAAUGCGCUUGCUUGGCGACGAAAGAACCUCUGCUUCAUUUUUUCACAGUCGUCUUCUGUGCUCCAUUCUCAGUGUUUUUGGUUGGAACGCGAAGUGUUCAGGGAUUGAGGUUCGUACGGUGACACGACGUUGACGGAGGCGAUUUUUCCUGAGGCCGAAGGAAACCAAGUCCCGUGGGGUGCGUUUACCGGCCGCAAGGAGGGGGCGGGGAGCAGAGCGAACGAGAGGAAGAGAGACGAGGGGAGACCGAGCAAGUGACAUCGACAGCUGCACUUGUUGCUGUUCUAGCGUCUCUUCAAAAUGGCAACGUUUGGAGUCGGUUCCCCAGUGUGGGUUGAAGAUGAAGAGGAUAUGUGGAUUGAGGCAACGGUGCUCAAGAUCGAGGCAGAUAAGGUCAUUUCGAAGAACAGGAAAGGUGGCGAGGUUGUUUCGUCUAAGGAUAUGGUCCAUCCGAGAGACGAGGACACGGCUGAAAUGGGUGUUGACGACAUGACGAGGUUGUCGUACCUCCACGAGCCUGGAGUAUUGGACAAUCUUUCCCGAAGAUACCACCUCAAUCAAAUUUAUACAUACACAGGGAGCAUUUGUAUCGCCAUCAAUCCUUUCCAAGCAGUGCCACAUUUGGUUGGAACCAAACUCAUGGAAAUGUUCAAGGUUGCACAGCCUGGAGAGGUCAGCCAACCUCACGUGUAUGCAGUGGCUGACAGAGCUUACAAGGCUAUGAUGGAUGAGGAAAAGAGUCAGUCAAUUCUUGUCAGUGGAGAAAGUGGUGCGGGUAAGACAGAAGCGACAAAGCUUAUCAUGAACUACCUUGCCUUUAUGGGAGGGAGGGCCACUCCCGUUGCAGGAGAAAGAUCAGUGGAGCAGAAGGUGUUGGAGUUCAACAGAGGCAAGAUUUCUGGGGCUGCAGUUCGAACCUAUCUGCUGGAGCGAUCUCGUAUCACUCAAGUGUCGACACCUGAGCGUAGUUACCAUUGUUUCUACCAGCUAUGUGCGGGAGCCACAGCAGAGGAGAGAGAAAAGCUGAAGAUCGAAGCUGCUCCAAACUACUUCUACCUCAAUCAGAGCGAGUGUUUUGAGGUUCCUCGAUUUGAUGAAGUAGAAGAGUACAAGGCAACUCGACAUGCCAUGGAUGUUGUGGGUAUCUCCACUGAGGAGCAGGAUGGUAUUUUCCGAAUCGUUGCAUCAAUUCUUCAUCUUGGAAAUGUUGACUUCAAACCAGGCAAGGAGGCAGACUCCUCACAACUUGCAGAUGACAAGUCCCGAUUUCACCUCAACUGCUGUGCGGAGUUGCUGGGAGCGAACCCAAAGCUUCUGGAAGAUUCACUCAUCCAAAGAAUCAUGGUUACGAGGGGAGAAGCCAUCACCAAGCUACUGGACAAGAAACAGGCUGUUGGAAGUCGUGAUGCUCUCGCAAAAACUCUCUAUGCCAAGAUGUUCGACUGGUUGGUCGACAAGGUCAACAAGUCCAUUGGUCAAGAUCCCAACUCCAACACUCUGGUUGGUGUGCUUGAUAUUUAUGGCUUUGAGAGCUUCACGGUGAACAGUUUCGAGCAGCUUUGCAUCAAUCUCACAAAUGAAAAGCUGCAGCAGCACUUCAACACGCAUGUCUUCAAGAUGGAGCAAGAGGAGUACGUGAAGGAAGAGAUCAACUGGGACAACAUUGACUUUGUUGAUAACAUAGAUGUUCUGGACCUUAUCGAGAAGAAACCAUUGGGAAUCAUUGCUUUGCUCGAUGAAGCCUGCAUGUUGCCCAAAUCCACACCGGAGUCAUUUGGCCAAAAGCUUGCUCAGUCUUUUGACAAGCACAAACGAUUUACAAAGCACAAGUUCAAGAAGACACUGUUCAAAAUUGACCACUUUGCAGGAGAGGUGGAGUACUCGACGGACACAUUUAUUGAAAAGAACAAGGAUUUCGUGAUUGCGGAGCAUCAGCAACUGCUGACAGCGUCCACAGAUCCAUUUGUGAGACAGGUGUAUCCGCCACCAGAGGAGCCAAAGCAGGGCGGAAAGGGUGGAGGGAAGUCAUCCUUCUCCUCUAUUGGAACUCGUUUCAAGCAACAACUGCAAUCUCUGAUGGACACCCUUAACCAGACAGAGCCGCAUUAUGUCCGUUGCGUGAAGCCCAACCAGAAACUGAAGCCACUCAUGUUCGAGAAGCGGAUUGUCCUCCAGCAGCUUCGGUGCAGUGGUGUGUUGGAAGCUGUGCGUAUCAGUUGUGCUGGUUUCCCAACAAGGCGUACAUUCUUCGAGUUUGCAGACAGAUUCAAGAUUUUGUUUCCCGAUGCAAUUGGAAAAACCAAGGUGUUUUUGCGAGCAGGCCAGAUGGCUAUUCUGGAUACAAAACGUACCGAGAUUCUCAAUGAGGCAGCCAAGAAGAUGACAAGGAGAGUGCGCACGUUCCUUGCCCGCAACGAGUACCUCCGUGUCAAACAGGCAUCUGUCUGCGUGCAGACGAGGUGGAGAGGUGUGCUUGCCUUCAAGCUGUUCGUCUUCCUCAAGGAGACGAGAGCUGCAACAGAGAUGCAGAGGUAUGUCCGUGGUAUGCAGAACUUCAAGGCAUACAGGGAAAUGAAAGCUGCGUCCAUUCGCAUCCAGGCUGCUGUGCGCUCGCUUUGUGCAAAGAAUCUCUACAAACAGCUGCAAGAACACAAAGCUGCCUCCAUCAUUCAGGCCAACUGGCGUGCUUGCUUUGCUACCAAGUCAUACAAGGAACUCCUAUCGUCUACAAUUCUCUUCCAGUCAGCUUGGCGUUCUAAGAAUGCACGAGCAGAUUUGUUUGAUCUCAAGGAGUUGGCAAAGGAGAUUGAUGUUCUGCAGGACACGAAGCAGAAGCUGGAGUCUCGGGUUGCUGAUUUGACUUCAGAGCUUGCAACAGAGACAAAGACAAGGAUGGACCUGGAAGCUCAACGGGCAUCUGAGGUUGCUGCUCUGGAAGCGCAGAUAGCUGACAUGCGCGGCCAGGCAGAGGAUACCAACAAGUCUAUCGAGAAGGCCCGCAGAGUCCACCAAGAAAACCUCGACCAAAUUAAGCGUGAUGCAGAUGAUGAACUGGAAAGAGGUCUCGCUGCCGAGCUCCCAGCAGAAGCGAAAAAGACAAUUGAGUCACUCAAGCAACUCAACGACAAGUUCCUGAAAGUCGUCAAGGCAGCAACAGCCCGGACGGAGGAAGCGGAAGAAAAGAUUUCUGCGGCAGAGAAGAAGGCUGCAGAAGCUCUGAAGGAGAUGCAGGAUGUCAACGCAGCUGCUAAAGCUCUGCGUGAGCAGAAGGCCAAGGAAGAUGCUGCAGCGCUUGCAACAAUGCAGAAAGAGAAGCAAAAGCAAGAGGAGGUUACGAAGCGUCUUGAGACCGAGAGCAACUCGCUGCGAAAGACAGCUGACAAAAUGGCAGGCCUUGAGACAGACGUUGUGAAGGUGAGGGAGGAGACUGCUGCUGCUGAGGCUGUGGAUACUACAGAGAUUGAAGAGUUGAGGCGCACCGUUGCUGACGCAGUAGAGAUUGACCCGAAGGAGAUUGAGAAGUUGAGAAAAGACUCUGAGACUGUGGCAUCUCUAGAAUCCGAGGCAGAGAAACUCCAAGAGGAGGUGAAGAAUGCGCCAAAGGUUGAUCCAGUUGAGCUUGAGGAACUGCGGGCAAAGGUGAAGAAGAUGGAAGAGGAUGCAGCUGCAGCAGCAGCUGCUGCGGCAGCUGAAGCAUAUCAAGCCGAGAUGGACUCCCUCAAGGAACCUGCCAAAAAGGCUACUGAUCUGCAGGCAGAGGUGGAGAAGGUUAAGAAGGAGCUGGAAGCAAUGGCUGCCCCAAGCCUGGAUGCCUCUGAGCUGGAAACCAUCAAGAAAGAGGCAGAGAAACUAGCAUCCACAGCAGCCAGCACGGCAUGUGAUCCAGCAGAACUGGAGAAACUGAGGCAGGAGGCUGCCAAGGUGCCAGCGUUGGAAGCAGAGGCAGCAGGAUUACAAGCACAGUCACAGCGGGUGACAGUGCUAGAGGCAGAGAACAAGUCAUUGCAGGAACAACUCAGUGCGGCAGGUGUUACACCUGCACCUGCAGUGGCUGCUGCACCAGCCUAUCCUGGAGCGACUCCCCCAGCAGCAGCAUCCGCAUAUCCAGGACAAGCUGCUAUAGCAAACCCACCAUCCUACCCAGGAGCGCCUGCUGCAGCAGCCCCACCACCCUACCCAGGAGCACCAGCUGCAGCAGCCCCACCCGCCUACCCAGGAGCACCAGCCCCAGUUGCCGCACCAGUCUACCCCGGAGCGCCUGCCACAGCCGCUGCACCAGCUUACCCUGGAGCACCAGCCCCAGCUCCAGCACCAGCCUACCCCGGAGCACCAGCCCCAGCUCCAGCACCAGCGUACCCCGGAGCACCAGCCCCAGCUGCCACACCGGCCUACCCCGGAGCACCAGCCCCAGCUGCCUCACCGGCCUACCCCGGAGCACCAGCCCCAGCUGCCGCACAGGCCUACCCUGGAGCACCAGCCCCAGCUGCCGCACAGGCCUACCCUGGAGCACCGGCCCCAGCUGCCACACCGGCCUAUCCUGGAGGUCCAGCUGCUGUAGCAGCCGCACCUUACCCUUGUCCACCACCUUCUCCCUCACCAGCUACCUACCAUGGAGGCCAGGUAGCAGAAUCUUAUGCAGCACAAUCCCUGUUCAAUGCCACACAGCCUGCUUCCAUGACAGGCACAGCUCCAUCGCCCUACCUUUCAACUCCUGAACAGCAGCAGCAGCAGCAGCAGGUUAUGAUGGCUGCAGGACCUCAUGCCCAGCAACAGAUGAUGGCUUCACAGCAGCAGCAGCAGCAGCAGCAGCAGCAGCAGCAGGCAAGCUUCCCAGGGGCACGACCUGGCACACCUGCUCAGGGAGUGUACCCACCUCAACAGCAACAAGGAAUGAUGCAGCAACGGGCAAUGACACCAGAUGGAAAGAUGGGAAUGCAGCAGCAACUGGGACAGCAAAUGGCUUCCCCGCAGAUCAUGCCACAACAGCAACAGCAACAGGCCAUGAUGAAAAUGGGCGGACAAAGCUUGUUCCCGCAGAUGGGCAUGGGGCAGCAGCAGAGCAACGGCAUGUCCCAGGAUAUGCAGAAUGUCAAUGGUGGAGCUAUGGGUAGCCAAGCUGGAAUGGGACAGCAGCAAACCAACUUUGGUGUGGGAGGCAUUGGUUCCAUGGGUAUGGGUAUGGGAAUGGGAAUGGGUAACAAUAUGAUGACAGAUGCACAGGGUCCUGGAGGGCAACAGGGGUCAGCAGACUCGCAGAUGGCUGGAGCGUUGGGAGGACAAAUGGUCAAUGGUCCUAUGAACCCACUGAUGCAAGCGCUCUCAUCACAGAUGGGAGGGAUGGGGAACCCUCUUGCUCAACUGGCAGCCCAGUUUGGUCUUGGAAAUGCUACGGGACCAAUGGGGCAAAUGGCACCCAUGGGUCAAGCGAACCCUCUUGCUCAGUUACUGAUGGGCAUGACCGGCAUGGGAGGCAUGGGUGGCAACAUGGGUAUGCAAGGGAUGCAAUCCAUGGGAAACAUGGGAAUGGGAAUGAGUGGGAUGGGUGGCCACCCUGGAAUGGACCGUGGAAUGGACCGUGGAAUGGACCGUGGAAUGGACCGUGGAAUGGACAGGCAAUCUACGAGCAUGAAGAACCCGUUUGGUUUUGCCAGUUUAGCGCACGACUGGGCAUCAAGAGCUCGCUCAAACUUGCAUCGCGAGGAGCCGAUGGUUUUCCAGAUUUCUAGGGAGGAUAUGGACGCGCGCUCGCCGGAGCUCGGCUACUCCAUGCAAGAUGAUGAUCAAAUGCAGUUGAGGUCUUCACAGGAAGGGGGCUUCGGACGCAGAGACAGCACUGAAGGGAGGAGAGACAGUGAGUCGAUGAGGGACAUGGAGAGGGACUACGAUAUGCGGCCAGGGAGGGACUCUGACCUUCGGAGCAGUAGAGACAAGGAGUUCGAAUCGAGGAGGGACAGCGCAUACGACCUCCGGGGCAGCAGGGACUACGAGAGCAGGGAGUACGAGAUGCGUGGCAGCAGGGAACUGGAUAUGCGCAGGGCUGACUCUCAGCGGCGAGGAGAGUAUGAUUCAACACGCAGGGAGUCGACUGGAAGCAGAGACUUCGAUCCACGACGGGAGUCAAGGGAGUUUGAUACCAGGAGGUCCUCAUUGGGAAGCACCAGGGAAUUUGAUUCGCGCAGAGAUUAUGAUCUUCGCCGAGAAUCCAAGGACUUUGACCCCCGCAGAGAGUCCAGGGAGUUUGAUUCUCGUAGACACUCCGGCAGCAGAGAUUUCGAUGGUUCUCGGAGAGAAUUCGACACACGCAGAGACUUCAGGGAAUUCAAUGACGAACCUGAAUCACGGAGAGACUCCCGGGAAUCGGACUUGCGGAGGGACUCGCUCCGUGGAUCAGACUUGCGGAGGGACUCUCUCCGUGAAUCAGAAUCGCGGAGGGAGUAUCGAGAUCUGGAUUCACCAACUGGAAGAGACCUUGGUGCCCGUAGGGAGAGAGACCUGUACAGCUCUCGCAAGGAGUCCUCGCGAGCCAGGUCGUCACAGAGAGAUGCAGAUGACUUGGGUGAGAAUGAGCCACGCAGGAGCAGAAGGCGCAGUCACAAUGAGCCAGUACAUGACUCAGAUGGCAGCCCACCACCAACGAAAACAAGGUCCAGCACACGGCGCUCGUCAAGAGGAGAUGCGCUUACGAAAGCGGAUGCUGUCUCACGAAGGGAGAGCGUAUCAGAACUAAGGUCCAGCCGAAGAGAUAGCACAGCUGAUCCCCGAGCGAGCACAACUGAUCUCCGGGGAUCAAGGACCAGUGAAGCUCGCUCCUCGCAGAAGGAAAGUCGCUUUCGUGAGGCUGUGAGUGAGCUGCGGUCAUCUCGCAAGGAGAAUCCCAAAAAUGAAAGAGGGCCAAGGGAAGAUGAAUCCAUGGAGACAGAGAACACCGGCCGGGACAUACCUGUGGUUGAAGGACUUGAGGCAGAUGCCCCAGCAGAUCCCGAUCGCAAGCUGUCGAGAUCAAGAUCAGUAUCGAGCCGGCAAUUACUGGAGCAGAAGAGGAGGAAAGCAGCUUUGGAAAAACUUCAGAAGGACCAGGGGCUGCUGAUCCACUGCAUCUCACAAGAUGUAGGCUUUAGCCUCAACUUUCCUGUGGCAGCUGGUGUCGUAUUCAAGUCGCUACUCCACUGGAAUUCGUUCAAGUCAGAGCACACACGCAUCUUCAGCCGUGUUGUUGCUGUGGUCAUCUCAGGGAUUGAGGGUGCACUUGACAACAACGACGGGCUGGCGUAUUGGCUCUCAAACUCCACCUGCCUCCUAAAUAUGAUGCAGCGUACUUUGAGAUUCAGCUCAGACAGGAGACGGUCCUCCAAGUCUGGCAUAUAUGGAAGCGGUACCGGUGUGGACACUUCGAACUUGAUGGAGGCUCAGCGGCCAGCCCUCGUCUUCAGGCAGCAAUUGGUCGCCUGCACAGAAAAGAUAUUUGGCACAAUCCGAGACAAUUUGACAAAAAUAGUGGCACCGCUUCUCCCUGUCUGUCUCAAGGUACAGAAGAGCCGUAGGCGGUCAAGGGUUCAAGCUGAAGAUGAAGUAAAAGUCAGCAACGGCUAUGCCGCUAUCGUCAGCACGCUGGACGAUCUGCUAGACGUCAUGAGAAAGAACAUGGUGUUCCCGGUUCUGACGCAGAGCGUUGUUGAACAGGUGUUUGCAUUCAUUAACGUACACAUGUUUAACAGCUUGCAGAUGAGACGGGAGUGUUGCUGUUACAGCAACGGCUUGUUUGUCAGAGACGGGCUUAAGAUGCUGGACCACUGGGCCUCUGAUGUCGGACGCCAGUCCUCUGGCAGGGCCUCAGAGAAGCUCACCCACAUCCGACAAGCGACACAUUUCUUGAUUUAUGACGACAAAGAGACGGCCACGCUUGAGGAUAUAACGAAAAUCGUCUGCCCUGACCUCAACAUGCAUCAGCUGCACCGUAUUGCAACCAUGUACUCUGAUGACGCGAAUGUCUGUCCUGGGCUAUCUCCUGAGGUGGUUGACGAUUUGGCGGACGCAACUCAAGACUCUCUUACCGAGACAUUCUUGCUCACUGACGACACAAGUACGCCAUUUACGCUGGAUGACAUUGUGAUUGCGACUUCAGCGUCAUUGGGCGAGAUGAUGAGCGUCGAGCCGCCACAGCUGCUGGCAGACAGUCCGUCUUUCCAGUUCCUUCUUUCAGAGGCAGCAUAGGCUGGCUCCCAGAGUCUGCUGUUUGAGCGCACCACAGGUACUACUCCCGUACAAUCCGUUGUACGUCACAUCACUCUAAUGCAGUCAGGAAUUCCAAGACAUGAGAUUUCAAAUGGAGAGGGAAACGGAUGAACAGAAGGGACGGACAGGAUGUGAUGUGCGCCAACAGAUAGAAGGACCAAUCAACCAACGAACAGACCAUGCUGCUGACCGGUGAGCUUGAGCUUGAGCUUGUCCACUCACCGGAGCGGACGAAAGGGGAUGUGCAGCGUCAAGCCCAUGAUGGUCACUGCUGUUCCAAGUGCACUCGGCGGAUGGUGCUGCUGCUACACCACAGCGCAGUGACCGCCGACGCUGUUCCCAGCGCUUUUUAACUUCCGAGUACAGGCAGGUCCCGACUUGAUCUGUCUUUUGGGGGAGCAAGGAGGGGAUAGACGUACAGGGGGGGGGGGGGGGGAUUCCGACGGUUCCUUGGAGCAUACUCUCGCACAAGCUUUUUGACUGAAUGCGGACGCUAUUGCGGCCGGAUACGUGGAGGAAAAAGAGUGACUGCGCGAGUUGUAUAGCCCUCAGUGGCAUGUGAUUAAGGAUUAUAUAUAAUGUCCGUCUUUCCUUAGCAUUCCAUAUUAGGCUCUUGAAUAGGAGGAAUAGCACAAACUCGCUGCCUUUUGGUGAAGCGGCAGCUGUAGGGAUGUAGUGUUUCUCGGUAGUUUUGUGCGUAUGUUUUUUUUUUUUUUUUUGCGCCUCGGCCCUCUGUACACACAGCAUGCCUCGUUUGCUAGGUUGACUAUAUGAGUGUAUGUAGAACUGGCAGCGUUCUCGGCAAGGAAAUCCACCUCAUAAGCAUCCUCUGUGUGUGUGUGUGUCUGUGUGAUUUACGUUGUAGAUUCAAUGCUACGUGCCUUCUUUGUUAUCACCACCGUCCUCUUCAGGUCGUCACUGGCUCUCUCUCUCUCUCUCUCUCUCUCUCUCUCUCUCUCUCUCUCUCUCUCUCUCUCUCUCUCUCUCUCUCUCUCUUCGUUGAUAUGUGUUCCUUUUGUAGUGUCUUUUAUUCUUAGAAUUUUUUGAACAGCUUUCGUUCGUUUUUGUUUUUUUCUCGUCAUCAUUUUCCCCGUAGCGAUCAAAAACAAAACACCCUUUCCCCCCUCCCUCGAGCGUCAACUGCAACAGCUGAUUGAUUGGGCGCCUGCCGCCGAUCUCCGGUAACCGCAGUCGGCUUUCACUACUUCAACCUGAUGAAGACGAAGCAACUGCAAGCAAAGGACUUGCUGCACUUCGCUAAGAGAACCAGCUCUCUGGUCGUUUGAAGCCAAAAGUUGCAGCAGUUUGGAUAUCAUGGAAGUUCAACAUUUGCACGCUGGCAAAGCCGCUCCAGCUCGUGAGAGGCUACUAUAGCAGCGCUGCAGCAGCAGCAGCAGUACUGUCGUACUCAAAUUCAGUCGAUUUUUUUUUAUUUUUUUCUUUCUUUCUUUCUUGGUUCUUGGAAAAUAUUUUGGAUUCAGUUGAGGAGUUCAGUCCUAGUUUGGGAAGCAUUCUUCUUUUGGGGGGCAAAGUUUUUUUUGGAUCUAGCCCGAAGCCAACCUGCAGUUUGGACAACUGCUCGUUAGUUGCUAGUAUUAUAAGAAGUCGUCUCCAUAAAAUUGAUGUUUGAAGAAGAACACAUUUGGAGGGGCUGGGUGACAAAGCAAAGCAGCUGUGGACCUAACAGUGGUCAGUUAGUGAGGAGCAGGAGUAGGAAGGAAGUAGUGGUACUGAAAUGUAGAUGAGAUUCUUGUGAAGGAUUUCGGAUUUUGUGAAUUAGGAUGUGAUGAUAACCCUCUCGGGGGAGAUAUGAUGAGACCAACCAACCAACUAGUUUCAUGUGAGUGGAGGAGGUAUUCGUGUGCAGAAGAAGAGACAGCGGCUGCGGCCGUUUGAAAGUGGUGCCUGAAUGUGUCUAAUCUCUACCAUCAUGGAUUCUCUACCAUGGAUGUGAAUUGCAGUGUACUACGGUACUGCUACCACCUUUCUACCACCGGUCAAGUGUCGCUAUGAGAAUCUAAUUGGAGUCGAGAAGUGAAUGAAUGCAAUGUGAAACG